GCGCUCUGCCGUGCACGAACGUGUCAUGAUCGUGCGCGACUAACUUCGUUCGGAUGUUCGAAAGAAGCGUCGAAACCUUUCUCAGCCGGCAGAAGGCUCGAAGAGCACCCUGAACAGCCGCUCGAGUCAUCGUCGUCGUGCCGAUCGAUGCCGCAGAUCGCGAUAAACAAACCGUACGAACCGGCGCGCCGAUACGCUGCGAGUCGACGACACGCGUCUGCGAAAAUUUCUCCGCGAGGCCGACGACGACGAUGACGCCCGUCGAAAACUAACCUACGACAACGGCUAUGCAUCGGGGAGAGGAUCCCGCGUCGCUUUCGACGACGACGACGAUGACGAUCUGAUCGGCGCGGAGAGGACGAACGCGAAAUGAGCGAGUGUUUCGAGGGGAAGGGUUGCACCGGAGAGGGACAAUGGAUGGAUUAUCAUUACUGGCAGCUGGCUGGCCUGUACAGGAAGGCGACCUGCUUGUGGAAGAAGGACGGCCGGCAUUACCUGGACAGCGAUCGCAGGUACCGCGCCUACCAGAAGAUUCAGGAGGCCAUGGGGGUGCCCGGAUUGACCUUGGUGGGGGUCGUUCUGAAGAUCCGCGAGAUGCGCCGGAUGUACGUCCAGGAGCUGAAGAGGCUGCUGGACAGGGAACUGUGCGGCUGCUGUCACGAUCCAUCGAUCGCCUGGUUUUACGAUCUCCAUCGAUUUCUCUACCCCUAUCUGGAUUACGACGAGGCGGUCGAGCUGCACAACGUCGCUCGGCCCGCUCAUGCUGCUGCCGCUGCUGCUAUUGCUGCUGAUCCGAGGGAAACGGACGACCGGGAUCCUGACCGGGAUUCGGAGGAUCGCUACCACUCCGACUGCCCUCUGAAGAGGCGGGACAGGCUCUGCGACGGACGUUACCCAGCUCCCAUGCAUUCGAUCAGCUCCCCGGCGGUCUCCUUGCCGGAGGUCAAGGCCCAGCCUGGGACGUGUCCCCGCUCGCGCGUCGACGCCAGCUCCGAGAGGAGAACGGUCAGACGUCGUUCCGUCGGCGUCGACGUCGUCGUCGGCGGCGGCGGCGGCUCGAGUUCCUGCUGCGAAAGAUCGUGCCACAGGAUCCUGUCUGCCAGCGACGCGUCGACCGGGACCCGACAGGAACGAUGCCGCGAGUUCAGGAUCCAGGGACUGUCCGGGACGAGCAGCAACACCUGCGAGACGGACUCGUCGGACGAGUCGUUCUCGACGAUCGUCGGCCGGUGUCUGAGCAAGCUGGACCGACCGUUCGCGAUCCGAGCGAAGAUGGAGAUCCUGAGGCUGCUGAGGAGCCUCAUGGAGGAGUCGAAGAAGUUCGCGGAACCGUGAGGAGACCGGGUCAAGGGAUUCGAACGACAGGCCCCGAAUUACCCCGUGGACUCUUCCGAAAACUGUGCCAGCGGCGCGGGACGGGCGAACGGAGGGUGCCGUUUCUGUUGUCACUCCGCGAGCGACGCUCAUAAAUAUUGCGACAGAGAGAGAGAGAGAGCCGUGUCUGUGCAGCAGCCGGCUAUUGCGAGCAGCCAGCACCGACCAGCGUAUGAAUAUCUAACGACAAAAACGCUUCAAUCGGCGCGACGUCGCGCGCCGGGGCUGAAUUUAGCCGUACAUCACGCGACGGUGGCCGCGCGCGGAUAUCGUAUCGAUCCGGCUUUGGUAGACCGCAGCGUUGCGAUUAGUAUUCCGCCGGUGUCGCAGUCAGCCGGCUACGAACAAGGACGAAGACGGGAAGAUUUCGCCCGGGCGCGCAAAACCGGGGGAUGCGAGCCAGCCUGCGAGCCCGAUAACGGGUUAUCCACGUCGAUCGAAACCCCAUCCCGCAAAAGGCGCACGUCCGAGACGUUAUUAGCGCGUGACUCUCGUACACGCCGGCAAAAUCGCGCUAAUUCUUCACGCGGCCGACCGAUGAGCCGGCAAUUAGCCGAUAACAUCUCGCGUACACGAGCCGAGCCACCCUUAGAAGCAUGUCUUGCAGCGACUUAGGGUGGCGGAGCCGGUGACUGCACGGUGACCAAUUGAUAAUUUCGGCCGUGAUUAUGGUUAUUUUUAUGGAACAGGGGAUGCUAAAUCUUUUCAUUAUUGUAUACUUUCCGGCGUAAUUGAAUUUAUUUCUUGUCGAAUAAGGGAUAUUAAAGCUUUUUGUUCUUGUAUUAUUUCCAGCGUAAUUCAAGAUAUUUUUAUCGAGUAAGGAAUAUUAAAUCUUUUCAUUAUCGCAUUCUUUCCGGCGUAAUUCGAUUUAUUUUUAUCGAGUAAGGAAUAUUAAAUCUUUUCGUUAUCGUAUUCUUUCCGGCGUAAUUCAAUUUAUCUUUAUCGAAUAAGGGACAUCGAAUCUUCUCAUUCUCGUAUCCUUUUUAUUUCUUAUGAAUACGGCCUCGUUCGAUAAAUGUGAAGUCAAUUAUGCCGGGAAACAAAUUAAAGUCGCAACAAUUGACCGUCCCACUUGUUACACCCUGUUUAUGGAAUGAAACGUAUUAAAUUUUUCCAUUAAAAAUUCAGCAGAAUGAAAGAAUAAAAAAUCUUCACACGUCUCGUUCGAUAAAUGUAAAGUCAAUUACGCCCGAAAACAAACCAAUGCCGCAACAAUUGGUCGCCCCACUUAUCACACCCCAUUUAUGGAACAAAACAUAUUAAACAUUUUCAUUAAAAAGUGAACAAAAUAAAAUAAUAUACAAUAAAAACAAAAUAGGGAUAUAAAGUCAAUUACGUCCGAGAAACGAACGAAAGGCACAGCAAUCGGUCACCCCCCACUUAUUACACCCCAUUUAUGAAACAAGACAUAUUAAACAUUUCCAUUAAAAAGUGAACAAAAUAAAAUAAUAUACAAUAAAAACAAA